GACGUCCCCAGUGGCGCUUUCAAUCCCCGAGUGGCAGGGCCUGGGCAGUGGCGGUAAAUAGUGGCAAGUGGGCAUAGUACUGGCGGUAGACAAUUAAGGAGUGAGGCAGGCCGGGAAAGUCUGCCUGUACACCUGUCUCGCGCCCGGGGCUGGACCAGGUGAGCUCGGCGCCAGGGCUGCCAGUUUCCGUUUUCCCGAGUCACGGUACUGGACACCCCUCACUUAGUCCCUGCUCGCGCCCCUGCCAUGACGGGCCGCUGUGCUUUACCUGGGGAAGACAGAGGCAUUUAUACGUGUGAUUAGUGGUGGUUGUGGCGACGUAGGGCGUGUGUGCAGGGCGUUGGGAGAGCGUCGAGGGCUGCGGGAGGGUUGGCGCGCGUGGAAACUCAGAGUUCCCGGAUGUUCGGGGUCGAGGAGGGAGGAGGGGAGAUGAAUCCUAACAGUUAAGCCGUUUUUCACACUCACAUCCCCGCAACACCCCUUCUGGCCGGCAAGUUAUGGGCAGACACACCCGCUGCAGGCUGUGAGAGGUGCACAACCCCCAAAAGGCGCCGGAAGACAAGCUGGUGGAGCAACACUUGAGACUGCUCUGCAACACAUACAGCCACAUCUAAACAUUAUUGUGACUAGACAUUGCAAAACAUGGUGGAGCAACACUUCUGUUUGCGGUGGAACAACUACCGCACCAACAUAACAGCGGAGUUUGAAACACUGCGGGAGGGGGAGCAUUUUGUGGAUGUGACCCUUGCAUGCGAUGGGCAGCAGCUCAAGGCACACAAGGUUGUCCUCUCAGCCUGCAGUCCCUACUUCAAAGAGCUCCUGCAGGGGAACCCAUGCACGCACCCUAUCAUCAUCCUCCGGGACGUGGCAUACACACACAUGAGGAGCUUACUGGAGUUUAUGUAUGCGGGAGAAGUGAACAUCUCCCAGGUACACCUUGGUGCCUUUCUCCACACUGCAGAGGCUCUCAAGAUCCGGGGGCUGGCCGAGUCCUCCGAUGACAGGAAAGACCAUGGUGGGGUGAACAGCAUGUCACCGCUGUCGGCGCUGAAGUCGUCGCUGAGUGGACUGGGCAACAUGGGCCUGGGUGGCCUGGGCACUCCCUCCAUCCUGGAGCGCCCCCUGGUGCCCCAGCUGCUGCCCCACCACUCAGACAAGCCCGGACCCCCCUCCCCUGUGCCACCCCACCACCUGGCGCAGCACAUGGGGCCCCCCUCUCUCCCUGGCCAGCGGCGCCCCCCUCCCCGCCCCGCAGGUGGGCCCCACCAGCACAAGUAGCAGCAGCA